AAUGCUCCCUUCCUGGAAUAUACAAAGACACAAUGAGCAUGUAUACAAGUACAAAUUCUUUUACAAGUACAAAUCCCCCUUACAAAUCCUUUUAUUCUCUAUAACUGGCCAUUCUUUGGGCGGAGCUUUGGCCGCACUUGCCGCAGCAAAAUUAGUUCAUAUCAAUGCAAUCCCGCAGGAGAGAAUUAAAUUAGUGACUUUUGGGCAGCCACGAACAGGAGAUAGUGGAUUUGCAAUGGGAAUGGAUAGAGAGUUGUCAUUCUUCAAUUACCGUGUAGUAAGAGCUCGUGAUUUAGUUGUUCAUGUACCUCCACGAGUAUUUGAAGAUUAUGCUCAUUAUAAAACUGAGAUUUUCUAUGACAAUGGGAUGAAACCAGGUGAUAAAUGGAUAAGAUGUGUUGGGGGAGAUGAAGAUAAGGAAUGCGCAAAUAAAUAUGGGCAAGUUUUUAACUGA